AUGGCGAGCCAAACGCCAAAGAAACGCGCCGUUGACCUACUAACGGCGGACCAGUUGAGGCGGAAGCGUGAAGGCGAUAAGACGGCACAGAGGCAGAGACGAGAGCGGAUCCGGGUCCAGAUCGAGUUGCUGCAGGACCAAGUCGCCGAGCUUCGAUCCCGCAAUCGCCUUCUUGAAGAACAAUUGGCUAAGUCGAUAGCUCCGCCCGCGGUCAUCAAUGACACAGCCUGCAAGCCAGGAGACACUACGAACUCCGUGCCACCGGCUCUGGUCACCGCGGAGCAGGUAGCCUUGUCUGGGGAUAAGACCAGCACAUCACCUGCAUAUGCCAGCGCUACCUCGGAUUCAACGUUUUGGUCUGCUUCCGAUUCUAACGGGACACUAUUGACCGACCUCGACGAUCCGACGCCUGCCGAGUCCGCAGACUGGGAAGAAGACCUUCGCUUAAGGCCCAGCAUUUUCCAGGUGUUGAACGAGAAUCCCCUUGGGUUUGGCUUCACAGUCUGGUCGGAACCUGACUUCAUGAGCGACAACGGUCUUGGAGGCUUACCAGUGGAGUAUGCUGCCACUGUCGAGUCUGCCUCGCAGAGAGGAAAGUUAAACGUUCCCUACAGCUUGGACAAACGCAAGAACAACGACAGUCAGAGAAGCGCUUAUGGCGCCUUCGGCAACCUGAGAAACAGCGAUUGCGCCUUAGGCACCGCGACAGCCCAUCAGCAGCAACAGCCCCAACUCAGCAGCAGAUUUGACAAUUCAUCAGCUCAAAUCGAGCAAAAAAUACCGAGCAACCAGUGA